CUCAGGGUCACCCUUUACAUAGAUACAGGACUACUGACAAAGAGAAUUUGACUCUGGUUCGUUUUAAACAUUAGUAACCCAAGAGUUUACUCAUUUUGUGGCUUCAGCACUUUUUGAGAGAGCGCCAAGAGAGCUUUUUGAAGGAGGGAAAUUCCCCUGAGAAACCAAAGAGACCGCCAUUGACUUUCAAUACCCUCUUCUUGACCACACCGGCAUCCAGCAGAGAUGUACAGUGGCAACAGCUACUCACAGGCCAAGUUUGGUCUGGAGGCCAAGGACAUCCACAAGGCAAAGGGAAAGAGCUGCGGCUAUUACAUGAGGGUGGUCUUCUUCUUCUCCUCUCUGAUCCAGUCCCUCAUCAUCGUGAGCCUGGUGCUGUUCCUGGUCUACGGCCAGCCAGAGAAGUCUGCUGAAGAGAGGAGGGUAGAGGAGCUGGAGCAGAGUUUGAACAGGAUCAGCGAGAACAACAUUAACCUGAGGAAGGAUAAAGCUGACCUGGGAGCUGCGCUGGGGGCCAGGAAGGCUGAGAAGACAGCCCUGGAGGGAGAGGUGGCCAUGAUAAAGAAAGCAGCGAAUGUCUCCGGGGAGCAGAUCAGAGCCCUCAUACUGAAAGCGAGCCAGUGUGAAACAGACAAGAAGAAAAUAGAGAUGAGCCGUGCUACCCAGGUCCGGGGAUCCACCACCCCUUUCAUCUUCGCCACUCCUAACACUGAGGUAAAAACCCUCCAGUCUCUGAACUCCCAGCAGGCAGCAAUGAUCAAACUGAUCGAAGCCAACUUCACCCAGACCAACCAGUACAUCCGCAUCGAGAGGGACAAUGCCAUCAAGGACCGUGACGCCCACAACCUUGAGACCAUCUCUUUGCGGAGGGAGAACAACAACCUGAAGGAACGCCUGAAACUCUACACCCAGAAGUGUAAAGAGGACUUUGCUAAGUCUCUGGAGGGGAUCCAAAUGGUGACCAGUAACUUCCUGGUGCGCAUCGACAACCUGUUCCCCCACUCCAUGACCUUUCACCUGACCUGUGAGAAGCAGACAGAGCAGAUGGAGAACAUCAGGGCCAGAUGCUCCAACCUGUCUAAGGAGGUUGAGGACAAAUUCCAGAGAUACCUGGACAACGUGGGGAACAAGGUGGCAAACAUCCAGGCCCUGUCCAGUCGCCUGGAGGUCCAGAACAGCCAUCUGACCCUUGACCUCCAGCAGUGUGUCCAGAACCGCAGCGUGACGGCGGCGGAGGGCAGCAGGCUGCUGUUAGAGAUCCGGGAGAACCACGACAGGCAGGUAGAGACCCUGCUGAAGGAACAGAACUGGCUGAGGGAGGAGAAGAGCCUGCAGGGACAGAGACUGAUUCUGAGGGAGGUUGAGGUCAAAACACUCAAGGGGAAUGUCGAGUCACUCACCACCGCUCUAACCAACUGUAACCCUAAGCUCACCGGCCAAAAGCCUCUCGGGCUGAUGUCAGCCUUGAAAGGGGGGCCAUCCAUUGCUGCACCAGUGAUCAGUAAACCCCACAUGGCGAGGUGAGGAGAGACGGCAGUGCGGAAGAUGCCCCACUCACACAGCUCUACCUAGGCCAUGACCGAGUGAGAAAAUGAAGGCACUCACUGUUAUGGUCCCUGGAGAAUUGGGUGUGAUGCGUGUGCUCUUAGACCUUAGACCUUACAAUGUCCAUGUGUAAAUAACACAGACACUAUAGGUUGUAUCUACUGUCCUACAUCAUGUACACUGAACAAAAAUAUAAUUGCAACACGUGAAGGUGUUGUUGCCAUUUUUUCAUGAGCUGCAAUAAAAGAUCUCAGAAAUGUUCCAUACGUACAAAAAAACGUAUUUCUCUCAAAUUGUGCACAAAUUUGUUUACAUUCCUGUUAGUGAGCAUUUCUCAUUUACCAAGAUAAUCCAUCCACCUGACAGGUGUGGAAUAUCAAGAAGCUGAUUAAACAACAUGAGUAUUACAGAGGUGCACCUUGUGCUGUGGACAAUAAAAGGCCACUCUAAAAUGUGCAGUUUUGUCACACAGCACAAUCCCAAAUUUUGAAGGAGCGUGCAAUUUGCAUGCUGACUGCAGGAAUGUCGACUGGAGCUGUUGCCAGAGAAUUUAAUGGUAAUUUGUCUACCAUAAGCCACCUCCAACGUCAUUUGAUAGAAUUUGGCAGUACAUCCAACCGGCCUCACAACCGCAGACCACGUUCAUUCUGAUUGGCUAGGCCUGGCUCCCCAGUGAGUGGACCUGUCUCCCAAAUGGGUGGGCCUAUGCCCUCCCAGGCCCACCUAUGGCUGUGCCCUUGCCCAGUUGUGAAAUCCAUAGAUUAGGACCUAAUGAUUAUUCCUUCUAUGAAGUGUAACUCAGUAAAAUCGUAGAAAUUGUUGCAUGUUGAGGUUAUAUUUUUGUUCAGUCUAAAAACUGUCUACAAAUGUACACUGAGUGGACAAAACAUUAUGAACACCUGCUCUUUCCAUGACAUAGAAAGCUAUGAUUCUUUAUUGAUGUCACUUGUUAAAUCCACUUCAAUCACUGUAGAUGAAGGGGAGGAGACAUGUUACCUUCAACUCAAUAUCAGGACGGUCUCCUUAAUGUUUUGUACACUCAGUGUAUACAGUACAUAUCGCUUUUAAAUGUAAUUCAUUUAAUAAUUAAUUUAAUAGGGUUGUUUUUAUCCUUGUAAUUCCACUUGUAUUUGAUUGCUGAGUUUAGGCUGGGAAUUCACUGUCUACUGGAAUUCACUGUCUACUGGAAUUCACUGUGUGCUGGGAAAAGCGUGUGUCCUCCUUUAACUUUAUACUCAGGUUAAAGAAAAAUGUGUACAAAUAAAGUUCUUGUGAUUA